UGAGCGCGGUGGGCAGGCAGGCGGGCGGGCUCCCCGCGGCGCACGGUCCGGCCUGGGGAGGAUGGCGCCGAGGUGGCCCUGGCUGCUCCCGCGGUGGCGGCGUCCCCUCCUGGACGCGCUCGCCGCCUUCGUCCUGCUGCUGGGGGUCGGCGCGGCCGCGGCGGAACCAGAGAGCGCCGUGGAGGAGGUGGGGCUGCCGCAGCUCCUCAGGGAGCCCCUGCCCCCGCAGGUCACCCACAUCGAGGACCCCGACGUGGGCCCCGCCUUCCACUUCGGCCCGGGCGCCCACAGUGGCCAGGGGGCGCAGAGCCACUUCCCCAGACUCUCCUUCCGCGACUUCUCGCUGCUGUUCCACGUCCGGCCGGCCACGACGGGCGCGGGCGUGCUGCUGGCCGUCACGGACGCGGCGCAGGCCGUGGUGUCGCUGGGCGUGAAGCUCUCGGGCGCGCAGGGCGGGCGCCGGAACGUCUCGCUGCUCUACACCGAGCCCGGCGCGGCGCGCACCCGCACGGCCGCCAGCUUCCGCCUGCCCGCGCGCGCCGGCCGGUGGACUCGCUUCGCGCUCAGCGUGGACGGUGGCACCGCGGCGCUCUACCUGGACUGUGAGGAGCUCCAGAGGGUGCCGUUGGCUCGGUCAUCGCGGGGCCUGGAGCUGGAGCCGGGAGCCCGCCUCUUCGUGGGUCAGGCUGGAGGCGCGGACCCUGACAAGUUCGAGGGGGCGAUCGCAGAGCUGAGGGUGCGUGGAGACCCCAAGGUGAGCCCCGCACACUGCCUGGAGGAGGAAGACGAGGAUGAGGACGACGGGGUAUCUGGAGAUUUUGGAAGUGGCCUCGAGGACAGCCACAGGCCCCACCGAGAGGACGUGGACUCGCCCCUGCAGCCUGGCCUGCCCCUGCCUCCCCCGGUCACGCUCCCGCCCUUGGCUGAAGGGAGCCACCUGGAGGAUUCCAGAACUGAAGAAGCCGAGGACGAGAUCGUGGUGGAUUCAUUCGGAGCAGCUCCCACCCUUCCUGACUCAGAAUCGGCUGGCGUGUGGGACGAAGGUGUCCAGAGCCCUGAGGGAGGCUGGAAGGAGCAGAAGGGAGAGUCCGGUGUUCCGGGGCCCGGCCCAGUGGUGCCGGGCUCCGACGUUCAACCUCCCCCUGGAGCACAAGGGCCCCCAGGACCGCCAGGACCACCAGGGAAGGACGGCACCCCAGGAAGGGACGGCAAGCCAGGGGGCCCUGGUGAAGACGGAAAACCUGGGGACACUGGACCACAGGGCUUCCCAGGGACCCCGGGAGAUGUGGGCCCAAAGGGCGAGAAGGGAGAUCCUGGCGUUGGCCCAAGAGGACCUCCAGGACCCCAAGGCCCUCCAGGGCCUCCGGGAGCCCCCUUCAGACAAGACAAGCUGUCAUUCAUCGACAUGGAGGGCUCCGGCUUCAGUGGGGACCUGGAGACCCUCAGGGGUCCCCGAGGCUUCCCUGGCCCCCCAGGGCCCCCUGGCGUCCCAGGCCUGCCGGGAGAGCCUGGCUACUUCGGGUUCAAUAGAUCACAUGCACACAAGCAUGGACCAGCAGGCCUUCCUGGAGUGCCUGGGCAGGUGGGGCCCCCCGGGUCUCCCGGCAUCCCGGGGCCCCCAGGACCUCCAGGCAAGGAGGGCCCCCCAGGAGCACCAGGCCAGAAGGGCAGCCUUGGUGUCGCCGGCGCCCCAGGACCUCAGGGAAUCAAGGGAGACCCUGGCCCCGUGGGAGCACCUGGGGAACGCGGCUUGGCCGGGUUGCCUGGGGCAGCUGGACCUCCAGGACCUCCAGGACCUCCAGGACCCCCCGGGCCACCAGGACCAGGAUUUGCCGCUGGAUUUGAUGACAUGGAGGCCUCUGGGAUGCCACCCUGGUCUACUGUGCCUGGCGCCACCGGCCCACAGGGCCCGCCUGGUGUGCCAGGACUCAAGGGGGAGCCGGGAGUGACCGGGCCUCCGGGAGCUAAGGGAGAAGCUGGGGUGGACGGAGCCCGGGGGUUUCCUGGCCUUCCUGGCAGAGCGGGCUCAGCUGGGCCCCUGGGACCAAAAGGAGACACAGGGAGCCAGGGAGCCAAGGGCGAGCCAGGGAAGGACGGAGUUGGGCAGCCGGGUCUCCCAGGGCCCCCAGGGCCCCCAGGGCCCGUGGUCUACGUGUCGGAUCAGGACGGACAGCUGAUAGUGGCAGGUGUGGCAGGACAUGAGGGCCGGCACAGGCACGAGGGACUGAUGGGACCUGUUGGACUAAAGGGUGACCUGGGCUCCAAAGGCGAGCAGGGCCUCCCAGGCCCCAAGGGUGAGAAGGGGGAGCCUGGCAGCCUCUACAUCCCCGACAGCAGAGCCCUGGGCCUCACCCAAAAAGGUGCCAAGGGAGAGCCGGGCCUCCGAGGACCCCCGGGCCCAUAUGGGCGACCCGGGUACAAGGGAGAGAUUGGCAUUCCUGGACGGCCGGGUCGCCCCGGGGUGAAUGGGUUGAAGGGAGAGAAGGGGGAGCCUGGAGACGCCAGACUGGGCUUUGGCUUCAGGGGAACGCCGGGCCCCCCGGGCCCCCCAGGGCCCCCAGGACCCCCAGGACCUCCCGGGACGCCCAUCUACGACAGCAAUGCAUUUGUGGAGCCUGGCCACCAUGGGCCGAAAAUAGUGCAAGGGGCCUUGGGGCCAUCCGGACCGAAGGGUGACAAGGGAGAAGUGGGUCCCCCCGGGCCGCCAGGCCAGUUUCCCUUGGACCUCCGUAACUUGGAAGCUAAGAUGAAGGGGAACAAGGGAGACCGCGGGGACCCCGGACAGAAAGGCGAGAGGGGCGAACCUGGGCCCAGCAGUGGCUUCUUCGGCUCAAGUGUGCCUGGGCCGCCCGGCCCCCCCGGCCCCCCCGGCUACCCUGGGAUUCCGGGUCAAAAAGGAGCGAGCAUCCCGGGCCCGCCCGGCCCGCCCGGGCCUCAGGGACCUCCCGGCGUCGGCUAUGAGGGGCGCCAGGGCCCUCCUGGCCCCCCAGGCCCUCCGGGGCCCCCCUCAUUUCCUGGCCCUCACAGGCAUACCGUCAGUGUUCCAGGCCCCCCGGGCCCCCCUGGACCCCCAGGGCCCCCCGGAGCCAUGGGAGCCUCCUCAGGGCAGGUGAGGAUCUGGGCCACCUACCAGACCAUGCUGGACAGGGUGCGCGAGGUGCCCGAGGGCUGGCUCAUCUUCGUGGUGGAGAGGGAAGAGCUCUACAUCCGGGUCCGCGACGGGUUCCGGAAGGUCCUGCUGGAGGCCCAGACACCACUCCCACAGGGUUCGGGCAACGAGGUGGCCGCCCUGCAGCCUCCAGCGGUGCAGCUACAGGAGGGCAGCCUGUACACCCAGCGGGAGGCCUCCUACUCCACAGAGCGGCCCUGGCGGGCAGACGACAACCUGGCCAUCCCUCCCCUCCUGCUGGACCCUCAGCCUUACCCCGGAGCCCCACGCCGCCACCACCACCACCACCACCACCACCACCACAGCGCCUACGUGCACCUCCGGCCAUCCUACCCCACCAGCUCCCCUGCCCACACCCACCAGGACUUCCAGCCCGUGCUCCACCUGAUCGCGCUCAACAGCCCACUGCCGGGCGGCAUGCGCGGCAUCCGAGGGGCCGACCUCCAGUGCUUCCAGCAGGCGCGGGCCGCGGGGCUGCCCGGCACCUUCCGCGCCUUCCUGUCCUCGAAGCUGCAGGACCUGUACAGCAUCGUGCGCCGCGCCGACCGGGCGUCGGUGCCCAUCGUCAACCUCAAGGACGAAGUGCUGGCCCCCAGCUGGGAUUCCCUGUUCUCCGGCUCCCAGGGCCAGCUGCAGCCCGGCACCCGCAUCUUCUCUUUCGACGGCAGAGACGUUCUGCAGCACCCUGCCUGGCCCCAGAAGAGUGUGUGGCACGGCUCAGACCCCAGUGGGCGCAGGCUGACCGAGAGCUACUGUGAGACAUGGCGGACGGAGUCCGCCUCGGCCAGGGGCCAGGCGUCCUCUCUGCUGGCAGGCAAGCUGCUGGAGCAGAACGUGGCGGGCUGCCACAAUGCCUACGUCGUCCUCUGUAUUGAGAACAGCUUCAUGACCUCCUCUUCCAAGUAGGGCUCUCCUGGCCGAGACGCCAGACGGAGAGUGGCUGAAAGGCAGGGCAGGGCAGGGCACAUCUGGCCAGUCCUGCCCUAUACAGUUCACAUUUCAUGUAAUCCUCAAGAAAUAAAAGGAAGCCAAAGAAUAUAUUUUUCAAAAAGUUUAAAACAGAGAGCCUGAUGCCAAGACUUCCUGUUCUCCUCGCCCCGGCACUGGCCAGCUGGUGGCAUGUGGUGGGGGGGGGGGGGGUCUCCCCGCCCCAAUCAAGACCUCGGCUGAGAUCAGCCAGAUGCCAACUCAGGACUGCCCUGAGGCCUGCAGGCUGCUCAGGCGCCUUAGGGUUAGGCGGGGGCAGGCCGCCCUGCCUGGUGCCUUUCUUUCUAUGCACAAAUCUCAGACCAUUUGCAGGCUGGCCGCAGGCAUGUGCUGUGGGUGGACAGGCCAGUCAGGCGCCGUGGGCCUUUUCUCCGGCUCACCCAGGUGCCCAGGAUGGGAAACGGCCCCGCACUGGCCACGCUCCACGCUGAAGCACCGCAGAAGCCCCAGCCAGAGCAUCUCCAGUGCCAGCCCAUCUAGCCACCCCGACCCUGGGCGGGCAGGCACGUGACUGGCCUCAUUCCAUCUGCUGCUUGUCCCGGAGCCAGUCUGAUGUGGGAAGCCCACCCUCAGGCUUUGUGAGGCUGGCCUCCCCAGGGACCCACAAGGUCACCUCAGAGCAGGGCCGCCCCAGCCGAGUCUGAGCAGGAACAUUCUGCAGGGCCUGAGUCAGGCUGUCGCAGCACCCUGUCCCCGGGCCCAGGCCCGGCGCGCCUUUCCUGCAGUGUCUCCACAGAGCCUUGUCUGGGCCACCCUGUGCUGGGGCCGCCCAGCUGCUCCAGUCUGACAGGGAUAAAGCCAGUGGGCUGGUUCUGUAACUGUGAUGUGAAGCCAUUUCAAAGAGGCACAAAUAAAGAUGGACUUUCACAGACA